AUGCUGUUUGAAGAGAUGACGGAGAUAAACAGUGACAAAUCGAUGUAUGAGUUGAUAAAGCACACUACACUCAAUCCUGAGUUCCGUGAAGAAAACGCUGUAUUACAAACACUUCAGGUGACAGAAUUAAACGGAUUUCAUUUACAGCAUGAGUAUGAAUCGAGUGGAAUCCAAUUUGACUUGGAUCCACGUGUCAAUGAUGCGCAAAAUGCUAUUCAAACACUGCAAUACCAAUUUUCUCAAAACAUUCGAAACAACUCGGCUGCUUAUUCAAUUCCCUCCAGAGUGCUGAUGAGUCCAAAUUCAUUGCAGCGAUAUCGAGUUUCUCCGAUGAGUCGCAACUACAAAAUCCCUUUGAAUGCUGUGGACGUGGGAAGUGUUCUCUCGGGAAUUACGGAUGAAACUACUCGAUAUAACCUGCUGGAUCAGUUUGCUGCAAGCGUUCCAGAGAACCAAAGAAUCCUACAACAAAUCGUAGAUUUAUCCUAUGUCGUAGCUCGCUGCUUUCACAAGAAGAAUUACGCAGAAUAUAAAAUGUGUGAUACGCUGAUCAAGCAGCCUCAUGAAGUAAUGGUUCUACUCCAGCGGUGUCUGGACAAAAUCCGCCCCUUUCGAGAUCGGUACUUCGAGGAGCUUCGCAAAGAGAAGGAGCGGCAUCUGGGAGGGCAUCAGACUCUCCAUCGAUGGGAUAUUAGUUUAUAUGACGGCAUUAUGACAUCCCGGAGAGUGCAGCUGCUGGAGAAAGAUGUGAGUGUAUUCACAGCAGAGGGAAUUCUAAGGGGAGGCAUUGCUCCGUUGCUUCGCGACAUGUUCGACGUUCAACUGGAACCUGUGCCAAUCAGAGCAGAGGAGCAGUGGACCCGAAAAACCAAAAUUGAAAAGUAUAGAGUGAUUCACGGCAACCGAGGCUACCUAGGAGAUCUCUAUCUAGAUCUCUAUCUCCGCCCCAACAAAGGCAUUUCCACUGCAAUGUAUACAAUCUGUGGAAGACGUGAAAACGAAGAUAAGUCAGUGCAGUCUCCGAUUGCCGUCAUUGAAGCUUGUCUUCCGAUGAACUCUUUUCUUUCCGUUAACAGCGUGUCAUCGAUAUUUCAUGAAUUUGGCCAUGCGAUGCAGCUGUUUCUCACAGAUACGAAGUAUCAAACAAUCUCUGGAACCCGAGUGUCGCCUCGGAUUCACGUCUUCUUUGUGCUGGAUUGGGAAGCCGAGCCUGUCUACGUUUACAGUUGA